CAGUUCCGCCCAAAAGGGAAAUGACGCCGAGGCAGAAAAUGGCGUCCGGAAAGCCCGUGGACCGCUGUGGUAUGUUUGUUACCCGUUUAAUUUAGAGCCGAGUCGGGGGUCUCUUCGUCUGGCAUAUGGACGAUAACAUGGCAGUGCACCGCUGCCGCCCGCUUUCUUGAUUCCGGAAUCGAACCCGCAACUUCAUGUCCGAAGGCGCCAGAGCUGCCUGGUCGAAGAGGGGUUGUGGGGAUUCGCACCGCCGAGAACCAGGGAAACAUAAACACAGGAAAUGCGAGCGGCCCCUUAACGCUCAGCCGUCAAAGCCUGUGAUUGUUCGCCCGGGCUCCAAAAGGUGUGUUAUGUCGGCGGCAGAUGUGGAGGUGUACCUGUCCCAGGUGCACGAUGGGAGUGUGUCGUCGGGCUUCCGGGCGCUGUACGAGGAGCGUCUGCUGCUGGAUGUCACGCUGUUGAUAGAGGAGCACCACUUCCAGGCCCACAAGGCGCUUCUGGCCACCCAGAGCGACUACUUCCGGGUCAUGUUCACAGCCGACAUGAGGGAGAGGGACCAGGACAAGAUCCACAUGAAGGGGCUAACAGCCGCUGGGUUCGGCCACAUUCUCCGCUUCAUGUACUACGGCUCACUGGAGCUCAGCAUGCCCACCGUCCAGGAGAUCCUUCAGGCGGCCAUGUACGUCCAGCUGACGGAGGCGGUGGAGUUCUGCUGCUCCUUCCUGCUGGCCAAGAUCUGUCUGGAGAACUGUGCCGAGGUCAUGCGCCUCCUGGAGGACUUCAGCGUGGGCGUGGAGGGAGUCCAGGAGCAACUCGACAACUUCCUGCUUGACAACUUUGUCCCCCUCAUGAGCCGACCCGACUUCCUGUCCUACCUCAGCCUCGAGAGACUGCAGGCAUACCUGAACAGUGACGCUCUGAGUCGCUUCCCUGAAAUCGAGCUGUAUGAAGCUGUCCAGUCGUGGCUGCGACACGACCGGCGGCGCUGGCGACACACGGACACCAUCGUGCAGUCCAUCCGCUUCUGCCUCAUGACUCCUGCCAACAUCUUCGAGAAGGUGAAGACGUCAGAGUUUUACCGUUACUCCAGGCAGCUGAGGCAGGAAGUGGAUCAGGCGCUCAGCUACUUCCACGAUGUCAACCAGCAGCCUCUGGUGGAGACGCGCUCCAACCGCAUCCGCUCCGUCCGCCCGCAGACCGCCGUCUUCAGGGGAAUGAUCGGCCACAGUAUGGUCAACAGCAAGAUCCUUCUCCUGCAGCGGCCAAAGGUUUGGUGGGAGCUGGAGGGGCCUCAGGUGCCGCUGCGACCGGACUGCCUGGCAAUCGUUAACAACUUUGCCUUCCUGUUGGGUGGAGAGGAGCUGGGGCCCGACGGGGAGUUUCACGCCUCCUCCAAAGUCUACCGCUAUGACCCUCGACAGAACUCCUGGCUACGCAUGGCUGACAUGUCUGUGCCCAGGUCAGAGUUUGCUGUUGGCGUCAUCGGCAAGUUUAUUUACGCCGUAGCGGGCCGCACGCGAGACGAGACCUUCUAUUCCACAGAGCGCUACGACAUCACAGAGGACCGCUGGGAGUUCGUGGACCCGUAUCCCGUGAACAAGUACGGUCACGAGGGGACGGUCCUCAGCGGUAAACUGUACAUCACCGGCGGCAUCACCUCCUCCUCCACCUCCAAACAGGUGUGUGUGUUUGACCCCGGGCGGGAGGCCGGGGGAGGAGGGAGCUCGAGCGGCUCGGACGCACACAGGACACGCGCCGGCCGCGGCCCGCUGCUGCCCGGCACCCACGCCAGCUGCUGGGAGAACAAAUCCAAAAUGAACUACGCCCGUUGCUUCCACAAGAUGAUCUCUCACAACGGGAAGCUGUACGUGUUCGGAGGGGUGUGCGUGAUCCUGCGGGCGUCCUUCGAGUCGCAGGGCUGCCCGUCCACCGAGGUGUACGACCCGGACACCGACGAGUGGACCAUCCUCGCCUCCAUGCCCAUCGGGCGCAGCGGCCAUGGCGUGGCGGUGUUGGACAGGCAGAUCAUGGUGCUGGGCGGCCUGUGUUACAACGGCCACUACAGUGACUCCAUCCUCACCUUCGACCCCGACGAAAACAAGUGGAAGGAGGACGAGUAUCCCAGGAUGCCUUGCAAACUGGACGGUCUGCAGGUGUGCAGUCUGCACUUCCCAGAGUAUGUGCUGGAGCACGUCAGACGCUGCAGCUGAGAAACGGGACUGAAGUUUCCCGCUGGGAGAUCUGGCGUUUACACGCGGGAGACUCUUCUGAUGCGCAGGCUUUUAAAACUGGAGACCAGCACUUACCUUCAGGUGAGGAAAAGACGGCGCAGGCCAUAGAUCUGCUGUUCUUAACGAAGCCAAUGGAAGCGUGACGUGGGCGAGAUGUGACGCGCGUCGGCUCGGACAUUUUCAGAUUUAGCUUUCUCAGAAAAUUACAGAAAAAAAGUGUCUGUGGGGAGAAAAAAAAAAAAGUUUAAAUCUGCUGGUUUAUGUUUGGACUGUGGUCAGUUUCUUAAUCUACUACUCGCCUACUGUAUUUAGGCUGUCCAGUCAGGCUUUUAUUGCAGAAACGCACUGGAAGCGUCCGAUUCAUGCCUUUUACACGGGGAGCUUUUUUAUUUAUUUAUUUUAAUUUCACCAGUCGAACAAACCUGCAUCUCAAAUCCUGUCUGAAUCAGGUGUCUCAGCCUGCACCCGAUGAUCUAUUUAAAGGCAAAAAAACAUCCUGUAUAUCGAGUUGCUCUUGAGAAAUAGGUUAGCGAAAGCCUAAGGCUCUUUCAUACGAUGAAAAAAUGCCCUAUACGAUGUAUAACAGCAAGUUGAAGCAUACAAUCAGGUAUAUAAACACUAUAUAAACUGUAGUGUAGCUCAUUUUAUAGCCUGUCACGCUGUAGAGACACAACUCCGACCACGUCGUUACAGAUGCUGCUAAUGCUUCGACCAGCAUCAACUGUCAGAUUUAUUCAUUCAUAAACUCGCUUCCAGUGCGUUCCAGCUUUUAGUCCUUAUUCUGCUCUUUACUCCCAGAUAUCCACCAAACUGUUGUCAUGUUCAUAUAGCGUCACCCGUGUCUUUCUCUGCCCCCCUCUCCUUCCUCUGAACACGUGAGAGCUGAAUUCAUAACACUACAAGGUACACGAGGACUCACCCUUCAUUCAGCGAUGAUUUCAUGAUGAUGGUGGCAGGUAUUUUUUUGCACAGGAAGGAAAGAUCUUUCUCUCAGAGCAGCUCUGUAUCCGUCUAGUCACUGGCAGUGCUUUACCUCCACGCAUCUACAUUCCCUGCACUUUAUUAUUAUUAUCAUUAUUGUUGUUAUUACUGGUUGUUAUUGUGGCAUUUGGGUGUAAAUGCCGUCGAAGCAGCUGCAGUAUUACAACCUGCUGUGAUGUUACAGACAUUUGGCAGUGUCUGAAAUGAACCUGGCUGAUGAUGAAGAGUCAAGAUGAACUGAAAAUGUGCACACCAUGAAAUAUGCAGCUAGUUAGAAUAUUUAAGAAACAUUGGGCCUCAUGCAGGAACAUUUUUGUAUUGUUAUACGACUUUUUUUCUCUUCGUACGAGUGUUCCCAGUCGAAUUCAGCACACUCUGAACUGGUCAAAGUUCUCGUAAAUUGCUCGUUUCAGCCUGAUGAACGCCGCCUGUCGAUGAAGAUGAUCAACGGCCCUAAAAUUGCCCAAUAAGGCUGCCUGCUCCGCUCCGUUUGGGAACAUUUUUAGGAAUGAAUCCUCCCCACAAAGUGUAAAAAUAGGAUCCUCACACUGCAGAGCUUCAAGUCCUGCUGUUGCAAACGAGUCAACACAUUUAGCAGUGUCAGUGUUGUGUUAUUAAUUAAAGGACGUGAAGCGAUUAGCAAAAUCUGAUGAGCACAGCUGUUCACGCUGUGUGAUCGGAGCAGAGAUGCAAGGUGCUAAAUAAUGUCUUUUCUUUCUUUCUAAAGAGACGCGACAAUGUCUUGGCCUGCGGUAGGUGAUGUUACACUGUCAGGUGAUUUCUCAGAGGAUGAUCCUAGACAGAGACACCUGCAAUAAAAGACCCUUAAAGAGGCAGCUGUUAGAGCCAGAGACGUUUCCAACAGUUACUGAAAUAUAUACGUUGCUGUGCUGAAAUAGAAAUCAAAUAAAUAGCCUAUCAGUAAAUUGGCAGCCAUGAUUAUGGUGUAGCGCUGGGCGAUAUGACUAUAUAUAUAUAUAUAUAUAUAUAUAUAUAUCUCUAAAACGAUAUAAAAAUGUCUAUUGUGUAUAUUUUUCUAUAUGGUUUCUAUCGCAAUGUCGAAAAAACCAGCGGCCGAACUGCGCUCCGUCAUUUGGACGGCGCUUUAUGUUCUGAUUCUUGCAUGUUUUGUUCAUUUUGCACUAAAGUUCUUGCUAAAAUUCUUGCUUCUUCGAACAUGCUUAGUUUUUUUAAUUUGUCAAGGGUUUAAUUCACACAGGAGU